AUGUUGGUCGCUGUGGUAGUCGCGUUCUUCGUGUGCUGGGCGCCAUUCCACGCCCAGAGGCUGGUCGCAAUAUACGGAACGAGGGAAGACCAUCUUGCAAAAUCGCCCACCCUCCUUGCGAUAUAUUCUUCUCUAACGUACAUCUCAGGAGUAUUUUACUACAUGUCUACUUGUAUAAACCCAAUUUUCUAUCACAUCAUGUCGAACAAGUUUCGAGACGCAUUUAAGAACUCGAUGUCGCAUUCUUGUUGUCGGAGUAAAGACAGUACAAACAACAAGCGCAACUUUUAUACGGCAAUGCCUCUUUCACAGAGAACUACUUCUAAUGGUACCAAAAACUCAGACAAGUCUUUCGGCAACCGAUCGUUAAAAUCCAGAAGUUUCGAAGCAACGGAGAGAGGAACAAGAUAUACGGAAAGAGAAUUCUGUCCCAGUUGCAAAAAUACAAAAAAAUUGACAGUGCCUCUGACGGAAUUGGAACUAAGACACAUAAACGAAUCUCAACAUCAA